CAAUACCUUGGCCGCCUAACGCCUUCACUACUAGUACAUAGUCCAGAGUUGUUGUGCUUAUUCAUUAUUAUUAAGAUCACACAGAACGAAGAAUUUGUCUAGACAUUUGUUUCUGACAGAGAUAUGGCGGUGGGUGAGGGAGCGAAGGUGGAUGCGCUCCAGCCAUUCCCGGUUAAGGAACAACUUCCCGGCGUUCACUUCUGCGUUUCCAGCUCUCCUCCAUGGCCCGAGGCUAUACUUUUGGGGUUUCAGCACUACCUCGUGAUGCUUGGGACUACUGUGAUGAUUUCCACUAUAAUUGUGCCUCUGAUGGGUGGUGGCAAUGUGGAAAAGGCUGAGGUGGUUAACACUUUGCUUUUUGUUGCUGGGAUAAACACACUCCUGCAAACAUGGUUUGGUACUCGGCUCCCUGUCGUUAUUGGGGGAUCUUAUGCCUUCAUUAUCCCUGCCAUUUCGGUUGCUUUGUCAAGCAAAUACAGUCAAUACAUUAAACCUCAUCAGAGAUUUAAGGAAUCCAUGAGAGCUCUACAAGGAGCAUUGAUUAUUGGGUCAUUCUUACCAAUGGUGAUCGGAUUCUUUGGUUUCUGGAGAAUUUUUGCGAGGUUUCUUAGCCCUCUUGCUGCCAUUCCCCUUGUGACUCUCACUGGACUUGGCCUAUAUGCACAUGGCUUCCCACAACUAGCGAAUUGUAUUGAAGUUGGACUCCCAGCACUAAUUUUGGUUGUUUUAUUAUCUCAGUAUGUUCCCUUUCUGAUGAAAUCCAAAGUAUCCAUAUUUGAUCGAUUUGCAGUCCUCUUUGCGGUUGCUAUUGUGUGGGCAUAUGCGGAGAUUUUGACAGCGGCUGGUGCUUAUGAUAAUAGACCUGCAAAAACUCAAAUUAGUUGCCGUACUGAUCGUUCUGGACUCAUUAGUGGUGCUUCUUGGAUAAAGGUUCCAUACCCAUUCCAAUGGGGACGUCCCACUUUCAAUGCUGGCAAUGCAUUUGCAAUGAUGGCUGCUUCUUUUGUUGCUGUUGUUGAGUCUACAGGUGUAUAUAUUGCAGCAUCAAGAUAUGGGAGUGCCACUCCUGUUCCACCUUCUGUACUGAGCCGUGGUAUUGGUUGGCAGGGAGUAGGCAUAUUGCUGGAUGGGAUAUUUGGCACAGGAAAUGGCUCCACGGCUUCAGUUGAAAAUGCAGGCCUUCUGGGAUUAACGCAAGUUGGAAGUCGGAGAGUCAUUCAAAUAUCGGCUGGCUUCAUGCUUUUCUUUUCUGUGCUAGGGAAAUUUGGGGCUGUUGUUGCUUCUAUUCCACUACCAAUUGUUGCAGCUCUUUACUGUGUCCUAUUUGCAUAUGUCUGUUCAGCUGGACUUGGUUUUCUCCAAUUCUGUAACCUGAAUAGUUUCAGGUCAAAGUUCAUUCUUGGGUUUUCCCUCUUCAUGGGCCUUUCCGUGCCACAAUACUUCAACGAAUAUCUUUUGAUUUCUGGUCAUGGCCCUGUUCACACUGGUUCCACAUGGUUCAAUGAUGUAAUGCAAGUGAUUUUCUCAUCACCAGCAACUGUGGCUAUUAUUGUUGCUUUCUUCUUGGACUGCACUCAUAGUAUUGGACACAGUUCAACUCGACGAGACAGUGGCCGGCAUUGGUGGGAAAAGUUCAGGUUUUUCGACUCGGAUACCCGCAGUGCUGAGUUCUAUUCAUUGCCUUGGGACCUUAACAGGUUCUUCCCCUCCUUUUGACUUGAAAACUUACAGAAUACAGAAGAUGAAAACUUUUAUAUGUAUAGGAAUGCUUAAGACUAUGAUGCCAACUAGGUUAUACCAAUCUUAUAGAUAACACAUAUUUGAAUUUACUGGACCAAAUCUGAGAAGGCCGAUUAACUGUUAGAGAUCAUAAUCAACAAAGUGUACUGUUGAAUUCUAUAAAAAUGCACCAAUUGAUUAUGAUUUACCGUGUUGUUAAUAUGGAUAUCAUCCUGGCAAUGGACCUAACAUUGGUUGCCUGUAAAAAAAGUGAGUUGCUGGCUGUUGUGGAA